AUGUGUGAGAAAUAUAAUGGGAACAACCUAGAAGCUCAAGCCAGAAUCUCUGACAAGGAAACAAGAGGUGCAAUUGCUAGAUCUGCCGUAGAGGAUCCUAUCUGCAGAGCAAUAGACUAUCCUUUAAACCGUUUGCUCUCCCCUUCCCUUUCAGAGGAUUCCACAGAUGUCGGUGAGGAGGACAGCUUUCUCGGUCAGACUUCUGCUCACACGUCUACCCCACAGACAUUUAGUUACUUCUCUCAGGUAUCAAGCGGUAGUGAUCCUUUUGGGAAUAUUGGACAGUCACCAUUAACAACUGUGGCAGCGUCAGCUGGACACUCGGCAUUCUCCAAGUCCCCGGCUGACCUCCCUUUUACAACUGGAUCCCAAGAUGUGUUGAAUGCAUGUUCACCACCCAUUUCGAAGACUCAGUAUGGUGCUCCGCCUUCUUCACAGAUGGGAAUGAAUACUUACCUGCCUUCUCACCCGAGUAGUCUCCCUCCUUCCAGCUUUGGGAGCCCACCCCAGGGAACACCGCAACAAGGCCACAAUCCAUAUCGUCAUACCCCUGUGAGCAGCAGGGCCAGUCCUUACAUUGCACCACCACAGGUGCAACAGUGCCAAACGCCAGGCCCUCCCGCCCAUCCUCCCCACCCUGGGCCCCCGGUUCAGUUGUACCAGACGCCUGGAGGACCUUUGCCACCGAUUCCUCCUUCAGUGCCAUCAGGGUUGACCCCUCCAAUGCAACAGCAGGCCCUUGCUAGACCUGCAGGUCCCUCUGUGCAAGUGCCACCUCCUUUUCUACUUCAAAACCAAUACGAACCUGUUCAGCCCCACUGGUUUUACUGCAAGGAGGUAGAAUACAAACAACUAUGGAUGCCUUUCAGUAUGUUUGACUCUUUGAAUCUUGAAGAAAUCUAUAAUUCAGUCCAGCCAGACCCUGAGAGCGUGGUUCUAGGCACGGAUGGAGGGCGCUAUGACGUGUAUCUCUAUGACCGAGUGAGGAAGGCUGUGUACUGGGAGGAGGAGCCCACUGAAGUGAGACGCUGUACUUGGUUUUAUAAAGGGGACACAGACAGCAGAUUUAUUCCCUAUACCGAGGAGUUCAGUGAAAAACUAGAGGCUGAAUAUAAAAAAGCAGUAACCACGAAUCAGUGGCACCGUAGGUUAGAGUUCCCGAGUGGAGAGACAAUCGUUAUGCACAAUCCAAAGGUUAUUGUUCAGUUCCAGCCUUCGUCAGUGCCAGAUGAAUGGGGAACCACACAAGAUGGACAGACAAGGCCCAGGGUUGUAAAGCGUGGAAUUGAUGAUAACCUUGAUGAGAUACCUGACGGGGAAAUGCCUCGGGUUGAUCAUUUGGUGUUCAUGGUACAUGGUAUUGGACCAGUGUGUGACUUGCGCUUUAGAAGCAUUAUUGAAUGUGUGGAUGAUUUUAGGGUGGUUUCCCUGAAAUUGCUGCAGACACAUUUCAAGAAAUCUUUAGACGACCGGAAAGUAAGCAGAGUGGAAUUCCUUCCGGUUCACUGGCAUAGUUCCUUGGGUGGGGAUGCCACAGGCGUUGACAGGAAUAUUAAGAAAAUCACUUUACCAAGUAUUGGUCGGUUUCGUCAUUUUACCAAUGAGACCUUGCUAGAUAUUUUAUUUUACAAUAGCCCCACCUACUGUCAGACAAUCGUGGAAAAAGUGGGAAUGGAGAUAAACCGUCUUCAUGCACUUUUUAUGAGUCGGAAUCCAGACUUCAAAGGAGGAGUCUCUGUUGCUGGUCACAGUUUAGGUUCUUUAAUAUUGUUUGACAUCCUGUCUAAUCAAAAGGAUUUGAAUUUGUCAAAGUCUCCUGGGGCUUUUGCUGUUGCUAAUGGAGUUGUGAAGCAGCCACGUUUUCAGGAAAAGCAGAUGCCUGACGAGCCAAAGUUGACUUUGGAUGAGUCUUGUGACCUUGACAUUGAAAAUGAAGAAGUCCUAAGUUUGCAGGAAACUCUGGAAGCACUUAGCCUCUCUGAAUAUGUUAGCACUUUUGAAAAGGAAAAGAUUGAUAUGGAAUCUCUGCUUAUGUGUACAGUUGAUGACCUGAAGGAAAUGGGCAUACCCCUUGGACCCAGAAAGAAGAUCGCUAACUUUGUAAAACAGAAAGCAUUUAAACUGGUUUCUGUUGUUUACAACUCAUUAGACUUUGAACCAGAGAUUUUCUUUGCCUUGGGAUCUCCAGUUGGUAUGUUUCUCACUAUUCGAGGAGUGGAUAGGAUAGAUGAGAACUACAGGCUUCCUACGUGUAAAGGAUUCUUCAAUAUUUAUCAUCCACUUGAUCCAGUGGCGUAUAGAUUAGAGCCUAUGAUUGUUCCAGAUUCGGACCUGAAAGCGGUUCUCAUUCCACAUCACAAAGGCAGAAAAAGACUUCAUUUAGAGUUGAAAGACAGUCUCUCUCGUAUGGGAUCUGAUUUGAAGCAGGGUUUUAUUAGCUCCCUGAAAAGUGCUUGGCAGACAUUAAACGAGUUUGCCCGCGCUCACACCUCUUCAACUCAGCUGCAAGAAGAACUGGAAAAAGUGGCCAAUCAAAUCAAAGAAGAAGAAGAAAAACAAGUAGUUGAAGCAGAAAAGAUUGUUGAAAGUCCAGAUUUUUCCAAGGAUGAGGACUACUUAGGAAAGGUUGGAAUGCUAAACGGAGGCCGCCGAAUUGACUACGUUCUUCAAGAAAAGCCAAUAGAGAGUUUUAAUGAAUAUCUUUUCGCUCUUCAGAGUCAUUUAUGCUAUUGGGAAUCUGAAGAUACUGCCCUGUUGUUACUUAAAGAAAUUUAUCGAACAAUGAACAUUAGUCCAGAACAGCCCCAGCAUUGAUUGGACUUCAGUGUCACUGUAAAGUUGGAGUAGAAAUUACGUUGCUGAGAAAACUCUCAGAGGACAUUCCCACUUUGCUCCUGUGAUGGAUGACAGAAAAGUGGUUCAUCAACAUUGGCUCAGAAAGAAUUCUCACAAGUAGGAAGUCAUUUAAAAGAAAACCUACAGAACAAAAAGACAAUGAAGAAAAUCAGUACCACCUUUGGACAGUAUAGAUAAGAAAAUGUAAUUUUAAAAAUGAUGCAGUUAAAAAUUCCUCAGAUCAGGUUAGUUGUACAGCUGUCAAAGUAAUGCGUGGUAUCAAUGAAGAAAUAUUUGUGGCAUGCAGACGGUUAUUUCUGUUUCUUAAAGACCUAUUGUCAAUGGGCUAUUAAACUUGCAUUUUUUUUUUAUUAAUGUAGUAUGUUCUUUUAUUCAAGUAUGGACUUCUUGAGAAACCAUAGUUAUAUGAUUUUCCAAAAAUUUAUGUUCUACUUUAAAUGUGAGUUGUAGUUCCCAGCUGCUUUACUGAGGGGUCAUUUGUGUCUAAGAGGAAGUAGCCAAGAUUGCUUAUAUUCCAGGUUGAAUCUGAGGUCUUAUGAAGCCUUUCAAGCGCUCGCUGAGCCUGUAGUUGUGGAAGUGAGAUGCUCCUGCAGCACAGAAGUCCUGGGAGGUGCUCUCCCGGGACAUCCAUGUCCGCUAGUGGGGUCGUUGGGGGGCAAACGGGAGGCUUUCCAUUUUGUCAUCUGAGUUAGCUGUGCAGUUGCCUCGUUGCUAAACUUUCAAUUAAUGUGAGAACCAAAGUAGAGUUUCUUGGGUUUUUUUUGUUGUUGUUGUUUUUUCUUUUUUUCUCUUUUUUUUUUGCUUUGUAUUAAUUUCACUUAUACCAAAGUGUUUCAAAGUAUGAAAUGUAUUGCUUCUAGACUAUAAAUCUACUUCCUGAAAAGACUGUUCUGUAAUAUUUCACUUUGUUUUAUUAUAACUUCAAAUUAUCUUAAAUAUUUUCCUAAUACAUGGGAAUGCUGAUUUUUCUUCUUUUGUUAUGCGGUAGAAACAUUUUACACUGUUUAUUACAUAGUUCUCAUGGAACAUAGAAUUUUUUGAAAGCAACAUAUGAUACACAUUUUUUGUGUAUAUAUUCUAAUUAGUGUGAAUAAAAUAGUAUUGCAUUUUUAAAAAGCA